AUGAAUAAGUAUUCUCAUAAUGAACAUACCAGCAGUUUCUGGCUUCAGCAGAACCUAGAUUGUUACGCUGCCUUUAUCACCGAUAAAGAAAUCGCUAAAGUACUUCCAGUUAUGAGGAGGACUUUCUCAACGGUAAAGUUUGACACUACAUUGACUGAUAAAAGAGGCGAUGAAGUAAGCAGUCUUUCACAGAUAGAAAACAGAAGGGUCAAGAAGAAAAGCGAAAGCAUUGGAAGAAUGGGCUCACGAAGUAGCAGAGAUAUAAGAAGUAUGGCUUCAACAGCGCUGGAGUUCAAUAAAAUUAUAAAAGAGUUAGAUAAAGUUAUAAGCAAUGAAAACUAUGGGCAGAAAAGAGUGAUACUUGAAGAAGGGCCUGCUGUUAUUAUUCAUUUAGAAGAAGGAGAGUCACAGUUGUUUACAAUUGUCACUGCCAAAAAGCCGAUACCGCUAAAAGUUAAACUUGAAAGGAAAAUAGGCAGGAAAGCAUUGACGACAUAUAUGUCAAGAAGGGUGAUUGUGCCGAAUUUAGAUCAGCAUGAAACUAUUUAUAAUAGGGAUGAGUUUGAUAUUGGAGAUAUUGGCUUACGAGAACAGAGUUUUCUGACUCAGAAAAUUUAUUUAAAUGUUAUUGCAAGUGAAAAGUGCAGCUUUGCGAUUGGAAUUAAUUUUGGAAGAAUAAUCUCAAAGGAUGCUUCUGAAAUUUUUCAAUUUAGAAAAAAACAAAAAGGGACUGAGGAAGAAUUGCUUGAUCAAAGCAUCAAAAAGGAGCCUGUUAAUCUAGAAGAAGACUCCCUAGACCAAAAAUACAAAAAAGAAGAAGAAAUCUCCCAUUCAACGGAUUUUAUCAAAAGAAACGUGAAAAGAGCUAGAUCCUGCAUAAAGCUUCAGGACUAUUUAUCAGAAAAAAGAGACUCUUCAGAGCUAAGAAGACAAAAUGUCAUCACAAAGCAUAAAGAAAUAUUAACUGAGCAUAGACUUAAAGGAGAAAUUAAAAUAAGAAAAAGCGAAAUAAAAAAAACACUUUAUACGCAGGCAGAAAAAGUAUAUAAACUUUACAAUGCCAAAUGCGAAUUUGAAAAAAAGUGGUUCAGUUUUAUGUAUUUUUGCAAAUCUGUUAUAAGUUUGAAGGAAAAUUUGGAAAAACGGAAAAUGAUUGCAAAAAAGAAUUUACAGUCAUUAUUUGGUGCAAUGGUUUUUCAGAAUGCAUGGAAAAAGUAUAUAAAAAAAGUAUCAUUUAAAGAGCUUAAUAUGGCAAGAGCAAGGGAUUUACUGAAAUUUUACCGGUUCCAUGCAAAAAAGGUGAUUGUCUCUAAAGCAAAGCAUCAGCUGCUGAUGGCAGUCAGCCACAGUAAAAAUCAUUUUAAAAUUCCAACUUUUUUUUCUAGCUACACCACCAAAGUUUUGUUGAUACAAAGCACGUGAAAGGCUUACCAAAAAGCAAAAGAGUACAGAUUUAAGCAGGUGAAUCAGCUUUGAAACCAUACAGUUGAUGAUAUUGUAAAUAAAACUAUGAAUCGGAAACGGAAAUCCAAAAGAUAUAAAACAAUUGUCAGCAAAAUUGUAAAUAUCCCAUAUGAGCACAAAAAAUCUACGAUUUCCACUUACCUUCAAGACUGCAUGAUAAAUUAUUUAAAAGCUGGGAGAGAGCCGCCUAGCGAAGAGACUCUUGCUGUUUCUGAAAGCACCCCAGAGUUCCGGACAAGGUCUUCUUCAAGAUAUGGGACUUUCGUAAAUCUUAAUUAUAUCCCAAACCAAGAAACAGUGAUUGAUAUGAUAAAAACAGCUGCUGAUAUAGAAAGCCCAUUGAAAAUCUAA